GACAAAAAUCUGCUGCCAAAGCUCCAGCGUUUGAGAAACCUAGAAUCUUUCAAGACAAUAAUGGAAAGGAUGUCGUGUUGGAGUGUCGUUCAACAGGAGACCCAGCCCCGAACUACACCUGGUACCAAAAUGGGCGGGAACUGAAACCGCGAGCACACAAGUUCGACAUGAGUAGCAGUAAAGAUGGAGCCGUAUUUGUGAACACCUUGCGAUUAAUUAGCUUCAUGAAUGCCGAUUCUGGUACGUACACAUUGGUAGCGAAAAACCAGCAUGGUGAUGCAACUGCAACUAUGGAAGUUAAAAUGCCCCGCAUUGUGGGCUUACCAAAUGUCCGGUUUGAGAACAACAAUCAGCAAGCGGUUCUUGAAAUCAAAGUGGACGCUGGAAGCCAGCCGGUUUUCACUUGGUCCCAGGCUGGUAAAGCCCUUGCUAUUGGAGGACGUUACGGAACAAAUGUACAGCUCGAGGGGGCGGUGCACAAAGUCGAGCUAAUUAUUAGUGAUUUGAUUGAAAAAGAUUCCGGAACCUAUGACUGCGAAAUCACCAACGGAGUUGGAACAGCCUUCCAGUCUGUCAAUUUCAAAGUACCGCUACUCAAUAAACCGUUUUCUUGCUCUUUAAUCAUCGAAUCAGCAAAAGAGUCGAAAGCCACCCUCCCGCAAAUCAUCGGAUAUCCUGGUAACCAGUCGGCCGACGCUGGACGAACCUUUAUCCUAACAGUGGACUAUUCCGCAGGAUCCGUCACCCCACAAGCUAAGGUGACCAAAAACGGCGUUGAUCUUACCAGUGACAAGCGUGGCACUGUCCGCGUAGAUGCUACCAAACGGUCCAUUGUGAUCACACUGAAAAAUGUGAGGGUAGAAGACAAAGGCGCCUAUCUUCUGCAGCUCCUCUCAGAAGGAACAGUGUGUGACAAAACGUCCUUUGAUCUUGAUGUCAUUCAAGAUCUCUGCUGUUUUUUUGUGUAUGGAAAUUCAAGGGACGAAGCACUAGAAGAGGAAGACGAGGUUGGUGAACUUCAGGUCCCGUCCAGCAAAGGAAGUCGACGGUCUUCGGCGGCAAAAAAAGAAGAGGACUUUCUCAAUCGCCGAACCUCUGCGGAUAAGCCGGCACUUCUUGACCCCAAAGCUCUGGAACAGUCACUGCAGGCUCGACGAGACUCAAUGAAUACUCGACGUACAUCACUGGCUGAUGCCAUACCUGGCUUUGCCGGGUUGAAGCAUCGCGAAACCCCUAAAGUCGAGAAAGAUUACUUCAUUGAAGAGGUUCAAGAUCUCAAAAUCAAAGAAGGCAGUAUGAAAGCGUUGCUCAAGUGCACGUUCUGCAAGCCUACUUCCAAGUUCCGGUGGUACAAGAAUAAAUUAGAAAUUUUCCAAGGACCCAAAUAUAACUUCCUUCAGGAAGGCAAUGAAUAUGCAUUGGAAAUUAAAAGAAUCGCGAUGGAAGACGUCGGCAAAUACACCUGCAAAUGUAACGACACCUCAACCACAUGCACCCUGAUUGUUGAAGAAAGAAAACAGAUGUAUCACUUCAAUCAGAAAUUACCUAUGACGGCGGAAGUCGUACGGGGAAAGGAUUUGACUGUGGAAUGCUCUGUUUCUGAUCCGCGUGCACCAGUCGUGUGGUAUCACAAGGGCGAAAAAAUUGAAUACGUAGCUGGAAAGGUUGAAAUCAAACGACGUGAGAAUCGGUGCAUUUUGCGGAUAGUUCGAGCCAAACCGGAACAAGAAGGAGAGUAUUGCUGCAUGGUAGAGGGUGAUGAAACCUACAUUGACAUCGCUGUGGAAGAUCCCGACUGGUAUUUCACCCGCGAGCUCAAAGCGCAGCAAUGCUACGAAAACGAUGAAGUGGUCAAAUUGGAAUGUGAAGUAUCCGAUCGUGAUGCUGAAGUGAGCUGGUUCAGAAAUGAAAAGCCAAUUACUGCCGGUGACAAAUAUGAAAUCCUGAGUGAGCAGCGAGUAAAACGCAUUUUGAAAAUUAAGAAGCUGCUGUGUGAAGACGAAGGUGAUUACGUCUGCAAAGUUGCCAAAAAGACUACUAUGUGUCAUCUGACAGUGAAACCGGAUGUCGAAUUUCGUUUAAAUCUAAUCGAUACCAAAGGUAUCGAAACAAAACGAAAAGAACUGGAAUGUCGUGCGUUCAAUCCUAAGAAGUAUCCGGUUUACUGGUUCAAAAAUGGAGAACCAAUUCAAAUGAACGAUCGUGUGUCCGCCCAGGAAAUUGAGGGAUCGCUAUAUCUUAUUUUUCAAUAUUUGGAAAUGGAUGACACUGGCUUGUAUUCUUGCAAAAUCGGUAACCAUGAAACCAAAGGAACAUUAGAGGUGCAAGAAUGCGACAAGCCGCCCACUGCGGAUUUGAGCAACUUCAAAAACGUUGCAAACUUGAAAAAGGGACAGUCAUUUAUGACAGCCUUCCCCUUCAAAGGCUUCCCGAUUCCAACCGUCAGUUUGUUCUGUAACGGAGUGCCGGUUUCAGAGAAAAUCAACCUCAAGCCUGUCGUUAAAGACAAUACGGUUAAACUGGUUUUAGAGGACGCACAGCGGACGGACGUGGGCAAAUAUGAGAUCAAACUGAAGAAUGAAUCGGGCGAAUUGUCGGUUCCUCUGGAAGUGAAUGUCUUUGAUCGACCGAGCAAGCCACGUGGCCCUCUACUGCUGACUAGUCUGUCAGCAAAUAAAUGCACUCUGGAAUGGGACCCGCCAGAUGAUGAUGGCGGGAAGCCUAUCAAGCACUAUGUAGUAGAGAAGAUGGACACAGAAGACGGUACAUGGAAACUGGUGAAAAAUGCCAAAACACCAAAAUGUGAUGUUGCCUUGGAGGAGGGAAAGAAGUAUAAAUUCCGUGUUCGGGCCGUGAACGAUGAAGGAGAAAGUGACAAUCUGGAAACCGAAAAAGAAACCUUGGCCAGAGACAUCUGCGAUCCUCCGGACGCGCCAACCGGACUAACGCUUGAAGAUUGGGACAAGGAUUGGGCAGAACUUAGGUGGAUACCACCACGUCGUGACAAUGGCGCACCUGUGACAAAGUAUAUUGUUGAAGCCAAGACAAAAUCGAAGAACAAAUGGGAAACCUUGAAAGAAGUGCAACCUACAACAGCCAAAGUACCCCUGACGGAGAACGAGGAGUAUGAGUUCCGCGUGGUCGCCGUAAACAAGGCUGGCAAAUCAGAGCCUAGUGGGACCACAAAACCGAUGAUUGCGAAACCCAGACUAUUAAAACCCUUCAUAAUCAAGACCAAUAUAAAACCGAUCAAAGUAAAGGUUGGCGAAUCGGUUACGCUGGACCUGACUUAUCGUGGUGAACCAGAUCCAGAGGCUACCUGGUCAAUCGAAUCAAAGGAGCUUUUAGAUAACACGACCAUCUACUUCUCUUCGAUCAAGGUCCUUGAGACAACGGAAAAUAUCAAACUUGAGUUCAAAGAACGUUCAGCUCAUCUCAAAAUCGUCUCGGCUCAAAGAAAAGACACCGCACUGUACACACUUCGAGUCUUUAAUUGUGUCGGUGAGGAUCAAGCAAGCAUUGAAGUUGUAGCACUUGGCAAACCAUCAAAACCGAUCGGUCCCCUAGAAGUUACUGAUGUGACAAAGAACUCAGCUACACUAUCUUGGAAACCACCCGAAGAUGAUGGUGGUACACCUAUAACUCAUUAUGUGGUGGAAAAAAUGAAUCCAAACAGACGACGCUGGGAGCCAGUCGCUGAAGUUUCCAAAGGUACGUCGGUUGUGGCACAAAAACUGGAGGAGGGCCAACCAUACCAUUUCCGCGUGAUGGCUGUUUCCAGCCAAGGCACGAGUGAACCACUAGAAACAGAGGCAGAAACGAUUGCCAAAAAUCCAUACGAAAAACCCGGACCUCCAGAAAAGCCGGAAAUUGUGGAUCACGACCGAAACCGAAUAGAUAUCAAAUGGGAACCGCCAGAGGAUGAUGGGGGUGCUCCGGUUACAGGGUAUCAUGUUGAAAGAAAGGAGCCUAAAGGCCAACGCUGGUUGCGACUGACCAAAGCACCACAGUCUGAGCGAGAAUUCACUGACGAUGGGGUGCGCGAAGGCAAAGAAUAUCAAUAUAGAGUCAUUGCUGUAAAUGCAGCUGGCCCCGGAGAUCCCAGUCCUCCAAGUGAAAAUGUUGUGGCAAAACCAAGUCGAGAGGCUCCCAAAUUAUCCCUCAAAGAACUUCCAUUGGGACUGAAUCAGGAAAUUCGGCUCCGAGCAGGAGAGCCGUUGCAUAUGCCAGUGCCAAUCACCGGAGCUCCAAAACCGACGGUCACAUGGACCAAAGAUGACUCACCGCUACCCAGCAAUGCACAGGUGGAUGAUACAGAAGAGCGGACCUGUGUGGACAUUCCACGAACUGUACGAGGUGAUUCCGGUCUUUACAAACUGAAGUUGGCCAACGAUUACGGUCAAGAUGAGGCUAUUAUUAAGGUUGUUGUUAUGGACAAACCAAGUCCACCGCAAGACGUUGACGCGAUUGAUGUCUACGAAGACAGAUGUAAAGUUGUUUGGAAGCCACCGAAGGAUGAUGGAGGCUGUCCAAUCACGGGUGAGUACGACUAUUCGCAGAUGUUUUACAGCUAUCCGAUGAAUAGCAUGACUCAGGCUGAUGUGCUCCGAUGCAUUCCGAGGCGAUAUCAUGCCAAUUCCGAAAGCCUCGUGGUGUGUACAGGAUUUUCUAACAAUUUUAUUCAAUGCCACUGUACGAAGCAGCCUGUUGUGCUCACUUUAAAAAUCCCAUUUGUUUUCGCAGACUACCAGGUAGAACGAUGCGACGCCACCAUUGGUACCUGGGAACGAGUAUCCGGUUCGGUAUCGGAUAACUCGAUUCUGGUUCGCAAUUUGGUCAAGGGUAAACAGUACAGGUUCCGCGUGGCUGCCAUCAACCAAAUGGGCAUGAGCGACUAUGCAGAAACCAAGACUCCGAUUCUGGCAAAGAACCCUUAUGAUCCGCCCGGUGCACCAGAGAAUCUAAAGAUUGAUGAAUUUGACCGGCAUUCUGUCACUUUGAACUGGAAACCACCCAAGGACGAUGGUGGAAAUCCAAUCAAAGGAUAUCUGGUUGAACGUCGUAUUCCUGGUGGAGAAUGGCGUAAAGCCACUCCGAAUAUCGUUCAGGGAACAACCGCAAAGAUCACCAAUGUUGAUGAGGGUCAAACCUACGAAUUUCGCGUCAGUGCAGUGAAUGACGCCGGUCCUGGAGAACCUUCCAAAGCAACCGCUCCGCACACAGUCAAGGAUCCCACAUAUCCUCCUGGAUCCCCGGAAAACCUUAACGUUGACAGAGUCACGAAGAACGGGGCAAAACUGUCUUGGAAUAAACCGCGACGGGAUGGUGGUGCACCCGUUACCGGAUAUGUAGUAGAAAAGAAGAACGAGAACGAUGAAUGGGUCCCAGUCCUUAACACGGCGGACACCUGCGCAUUUGUGCCAAUGAAAGAAGGAGAGACCGGACAAUUCCGUGUUCGGGCUGUCAACGAGGAGGGACCUGGUGAACCAACAAAGCCAACUGCUGUUCUGAGUGCACAAGAUACCCCAGAAGCUCCAAGGAUAUGUACCCCAGAAGAGGGAGUAGGCGGUCCUGGUUCCGGUGUUGGUGGGCUGAAAGAUGUUACGUUAAAGGCCGGACAAGAACUCUGUCUAGCUGCCGCGUGGUUUGGUCAUCCUAAACCAACAGCUGUUUGGACAGCUGGAGGUAAAACCGUCAAGCCGGACGGGUCUCGAACGAAAAUUUUGGACAGACCACCCCCGCCACCUGCCAAGCCAGGACCGGGAGGAGUUUUGGAACAACCGGCAGGCGGUACAGCAGUCCUUGAGGUUCAAAAGGUGCGGCGUGCGGACACCGGAGAUUACGAACUGACGCUAAUGAACGAUUUAGGACAAGUAAAAACAUCAUGCCAUGUGGAAGUCCUUGAUGUACCAGGACCUCCGGAAGGUCCACUUGAAGCCGAAGAUGUGAAUGCAGAUGAAAUGACCUUGAGAUGGAAACCACCUUUGGACGACGGAGGCCAACCAGUCACAAACUACAUUUUAGAGAAACGUCUCAAGGGGAGCGACAGUUGGCAAAAAGUGAGCAACUUUCUCAACACAACAACAGCGACUGUUCGAAAUCUGGAGGUGGGCAAUGAAUACGAAUUCAGAGUCAUGGCAGAAAACGCAAUGGGUAUGGGUGAGCCACUAGUGACUACCAAACCAAUAAAGGCCAAGCAUCCGUAUGACCCACCAUCGGGAAUGUCAAAACCAACUGUUGAAGACACAACGGAUGAUUCAGUAUCACUGUCUUGGGAACCACCACGUAAGGGUCCCACAACUGGCUAUGUUGUUGAGAAACGACCAAAAGGAUCUAGAGAAUGGACUAAAGCCAAUACGUCCAACGUGGUUGGUACAAGCUACACAGUGAAGGGAUUACCAAAAGGCAAGGAAUUCGAAUUUCGGGUGGUGCCAUACAAUCUGGCUGGGUUAGGUGAACCCAGUGAACCAACGGAUGUUACAAAAGUUCAAUACCCAACAACACCACCGAAAAUUGGCCGUGACGCUCCUAGAGAAAUAAACGCUCGCGUCGAUGAGCCAUUCAGUAUUCGAAUCCCGUAUACGGGAAGCCCACCAGAGAAGGUUCAGCUGAUCAAGGCUGGUAUUCCGGUACCACUGGAAGGCGGCCGAUUCAAAGUUGAAGUGACUCCAGACGAAGUUAUCAUAACCGACAUGAAAGCACAAAAGGACGAUGCUGGUCCUUAUCAAGUGGAGUUGGAAAACGAAAAGGGCCGAGACAGUGUUCCGGCUGGUAUUCCGGUACCACUGGAAGGCGGCCGAUUCAAAGUUGAAGUGACUCCAGACGAAGUUAUCAUAACCGACAUGAAAGCACAAAAGGACGAUGCUGGUCCUUAUCAAGUGGAGUUGGAAAACGAAAAGGGCCGAGACAGUGUUCCGGUAACGGUCAAGGUAUUUGGCCCACCGGAGGCACCCAAAGGUCCUUUGGAUAUCAGUAAUAUCAAGGCCGAAUCGUGCACUCUUUCGUGGAACCCACCAACAGAUACUGGUGGCUCACCCAUCACCAACUAUGUCGUGGAGAAACAAGACACAAAGACCGGUGAGUGGAGUACCGUGAGCGCAUUUGUUCGGAGUCCGGUUUACGAUGUGACUGGUUUGGAUGAAGGUCACAUGUAUCGAUUCAGAGUUCGUGCAGCAAACGAGUAUGGUGUGAGUGAACCCCUGGAUGGAGAAAAGUCCAUCGUUGCAGAGAAUCCCUUCACUGUUCCUGGAGCUCCCGGUAACUUAUCGGCGACCGACGUUGAAGCCAAUGAAGUCACACUGGAAUGGGCCAAGCCACGUUCUGACGGUGGAAGACGAAUCACAGGUUAUGUGGUCGAAUACAAACCAGCAAGUUCGGAUGACUGGCGACAGGCGCCGGGUGGCUUGGUGAAAGGUCUGAAAACCACAGUUGACGGUCUCCGAAAGGGCGAGAAAUAUCAGUUCCGUGUGGCAGCAAAGAACGAGGCAGGUGUUGGUGAAUUCUGUUACACUUCGAGGCCGAUUGAGUGCAAACCCAAGUUCACUACCGCGGACAGUCCGGGAACUCCAGUGGUGGAAGAUGUUGGGAAAAACCACGUGGAUCUAACCUGGACCAAGCCGGCCAAAGACGGUGGAGCCCGUAUCACAGGAUAUCUGGUAGAGAAGCGCAAAAAGUUCGGUGCUGAUUGGGAGCCGGCCACUGCGGAUGGGCAGCCAGUAAGUGGCACGCAAGCUCAUCUGGACAAUUUGGAGGAGAACGCGGAAUAUGAAUUCCGAGUGCGCGCCGUUAACGCUGCUGGGCCUGGCGAACCUAGUCAACCCACGGAAAUCGUCAAAGUGCGACCCAAAAGAGCUACCGCGGACAGUCCGGGAACUCCAGUGGUGGAAGAUGUUGGGAAAAACCACGUGGAUCUAACCUGGACCAAGCCGGCCAAAGACGGUGGAGCCCGUAUCACAGGAUAUCUGGUAGAGAAGCGCAAAAAGUUCGGUGCUGAUUGGGAGCCGGCCACUGCGGAUGGGCAGCCAGUAAGUGGCACGCAAGCUCAUCUGGACAAUUUGGAGGAGAACGCGGAAUAUGAAUUCCGAGUGCGCGCCGUUAACGCUGCUGGGCCUGGCGAACCUAGUCAACCCACGGAAAUCGUCAAAGUGCGACCCAAAAGAGAUAAACCCAAACCACCUGAGGAUCUGGAAGUCACGGACUUAUUUGCGGACAAUUGCAAGCUGGUUUGGAAACCACCCGAGUUUGAUGGGGGUUGUCCAAUUACAGAUUACGUGGUGGAGAAAUGCGAUGCGCUUACCGGGGCCUGGGAACGCGUUCCCACCAGUGUUGUCGGAACCAGUUGCCCUGUACGCGGCCUGGUCGAGGGGAAACGGUAUCGGUUCCGUGUCUCCGCAGUCAACAUGAUGGGUGCCAGUGAACCAUGUGAAACGAAUAGUGCGAUCACCGCAAAGAAUCCGUUCGAUGCUCCGGAUGCCCCUGAAAAUGUCAAAAUCGACGAAUUUGACAAACAUGGCGUCAAGCUGUCAUGGAAGCCACCAGAGAAUGAUGGUGGUAAUCCCAUACAAGGAUACUUGAUUGAAAAGCGAACGCCCAAUGGCGAGUGGAAGCCGGCGACGGCUGGCCUAGUCCAUGGCCCUGAAGCUCGGGUGUCUGAUUUGGAAGCCGGCCAGACAUACGAGUUUCGUGUUAGUGCAGUGAACGAUGCUGGCCCCGGACGACCGUCAAAGGCGACCGCACCUCAAGUAAUCAAAGAUCCUACAUUCCCUCCGAGCUCUCCGGAGAACUUGAAUGUGGACAAGGUGAACAAAAACGGUGUGAAGCUCUCCUGGCAGAAACCACGGAAAGAUGGUGGCAGCAAAAUCACCGGCUACCAGGUGGAAAAGAAGGACGAUGCUGGAAAUUGGGUUCCAGUGAAACAAACCACCGAGCCAUGUGCGUUCAUUCCGAUGAAGGAAGGUGAGACGAGUCAGUUCCGCGUUCGAGCCAUUAACGAUGAAGGGCCGGGUGAACCAACAAAACCAACAGCACCAUUGACUGCGGUGAAUCAGCCAGAAGCCCCGAGGAUUGUUACUCCGGAGGACUGUGUCGGUGGACCAGGAACAGGUGUUGGUGGCCUCAAAGACAUCAAACUUAAAGCAGGACAGGAACUCCGUCUUGCAGCAGCCUGGUUUGGUCAUCCGGCUCCAACAUUGUCGUGGACGUUGGAUGACAAACCAAUCAGACCUGAUGGAAAGAAAGUGAUUGAAUCCAGUGAAUCUUUGCCCCCACCAGCUCAUCCUGGACCAGGUGGACCAUUAGAGUUGUCUCCUGGAGCUGUUGCCGUACUCACAAUACCCAAAGCACGCCGUGCCGACGCGGGUCAAUACAAACUGACUCUAAUGAAUGAUCAAGGUCAGGCGACAACCUCGUGUAAAGUGGACGUAAUCGAUGUCCCAGGAGCACCAACCGGUCCCCUCGAGGCAACCGAUGUCAAGGCCGAUGAGAUUACGUUAAGUUGGAAAGCUCCGGAAGACGAUGGUGGGGAGCCAAUCACCAACUACAUUUUGGAAAAGAAACCCAAGAAUUCCACUGUCUGGGAGAAAGUCAGCGGUUUCCUUCAUGCACCAACGGCUACGGUCCGCAACCUGGAAGAGGGCACGGAGUACGAAUUUCGGGUCAUGGCUGAAAAUGCUAUGGGUGUGAGUGAACCUCUUACGACGGAACGCGCAAUCAAAGCCAAGCAUCCGUUUGAUCCACCCUCAGGCAUGUCAAAACCAACCGUCGAGGAUACUAGUGAUGACUCCGUAACCUUGGCCUGGGAUCCUCCACGAAAGGGUCCUGUCACUGGAUAUGUGGUGGAGAAACGAGCCAAGGGUGAGAAAUCCUGGUCCAAGGCUAACAUGGCGCCGAUAUCUGGAACAAACUACACUGUGAAGAACUUACCGAAGGGCAAAGAAUUUGAAUUUCGUGUUGUCCCCGUGAAUGCUGCCGGGCCCGGCGAACCCAGUGAACCAACUUCCAUGGUGAAGGUUCAAAAACCAGUCAUCAGCACCCCGUUUGGUUUCAAUGUGCUGGUUACUUUCGACAAUGUAUACUACAAAUCAUCUGGCGCCUCCACACCAGUUCCAACCAGUGCACAGGAGAGACUCGUUGGGUUCACGUGUGAGGAAUGUGGCAAGUGCUGCAAAUCGAAAGCUGGCUUGGUAGCCCAUCAUCGAGUUCACGACAAUGAAAGUGUUGGUACGAGCACGGUUGCUCAAUUGGCCUGCGCUGACUGUUUCCGCCUUUUUCCGACGAACAUUGGCCUGAGUCAACACCGCCGGGACGCACACCCCACCCAGCAUAAUGCAGAUAAGCUUGGCCGAGUGAAGUAUUCCGGUACCCGCUGGUCCCAGCAAGAGUCACAAUCGCUCUUACGCCUGGCUAACAAUUUAUAUCCAUCUUGUGGCACGCAAACCGAGCUGUUCACGAGAUUGGAGCAGUAUUUUCCUGGUCGAUCGGCUAUCAGCAUCAAAACCAGGUUACGGGUGCUUAACUGGCAAGCACAACAGGACGAAUCAUCAUCUGGUGAACCUGAGCAAACUAUCGGUCAGACGACGGCCUACUCAUCAGAAGCCGAUGACUACAGCGUCUGGUUUAAACAAACCGUGGAUUGCACCGUGUCACUCUUGGAAUCCCAUGCUGACCGUUCGCUCGCUAGUGUUGACCUUCUGGCAUUUGCCCGAGGGUUGCAGUCUGGCAUCAUGACACCGGAGCAAGUCCUGUCGCUUCUGGACCUCCACGCCUCCAGGACAUUUCCACACACCUGGAAAACUGUUUCCCGACGUCGCCGUCAGUUAGCCCAUCGGAUCCCGGUCAACCGGAAGCAGAUCCGCCGAGCCAAUUACGCCGCCAUCCAGACUCUAUACCACCAAAGACGGAAAGAUGCAGCGUCUGCUGUACUCGAUGGGUCAUGGAAGGAUUUAUACAAAGGAAACUGCGGCCUACCUAUGGACGCCGAACAGUAUUGGAAACAAGUGCUCUCAGCUCCAAAACACGCGGAUAGCCGACCAAGUCGCAUAGUAGUACCAUCCGACUGGAGCUUGAUCGAGCCAAUUACAGGAGAGGAAGUUGGCCCUGCUCCAAAAAUCGGAAUCGACGCUCCGAGGGAAAUUAAUGCACGACUGGGUGAGCCAUGCAAAAUCCGUAUUCCAUUUACUGGUGGUCCACCAGAAAAUGUCGAAAUGCUCAAGAAUGGCAUCCCAGUUCCUCUGGAUGGGGAUCGAUUCAAAGUCGAAGUCACACCUGAUGAAGUGAUCAUCACAGAUACAAAGGUGGAAAAAGGUGAUGCAGGCCCCUAUCAAAUAAAACUCAAGAAUGAAAAAGGAGAAGCCACUGCUCCGAUCACCAUCAAAGUACAGGGACCGCCAGAGGCACCUAACGGUCCACUGACGAUAAACGAUAUUAAAGGAGACUCAUGCAAACUAGCUUGGAAUCCGCCAACGGAUAACGGAGGAAGUCCGGUAACGAACUAUGUGGUGGAGAAACUAGACAAGCGUACUGGGGAUUGGGUACCAGUGAGUCGGUUUGUUCGAGGCACAGAGUAUGAAGUUACAGGACUGGAAGAAGGCAACCAGUACAAGUUCCGUGUUCGGGCUGAAAACGAGUUUGGAGUUAGUGAGCCUCUGGAAGCAGAUCGUGCAAUAACGGCCGAAAACCCAGCAACCGCGCCGGACAGUCCCCAUUCGUUGAACGUGGCCGAUGUGGAUAGUGACAAAGUGACGCUGGAAUGGGCCAAACCCAGAAAUGACGGUGGCAAGCGUAUCAACGGUUACGUGGUCGAAUACAAACCAGUGAAUUCCACUGAAUGGCAACGAGGACCCACAGUUCGGGAAACCACGGCCACUGUUGACGGAUUAAAGAAAGGUGAAAAGUACGUAUUUCGGGUUUACGCCAAAAACGAUGUUGGUUCUGGUGAGCCCAGUACACCUACCCGACCAGUUGAAUGCAAACCAAAGUAUACCACUGCGGACAGCCCAGGACAACCAACCGUGGAUGAUAUUGGCAAAAACUCUAUCGAUCUAUCUUGGGCCCGCCCAACUAAGGAUGGUGGAGCACGUAUAACCGGGUAUGUUGUAGAGAAACGUCAUAAAAACUCACCUGAUUGGGAACCGGCCACUCCGGAUGGGCAACCAGUGACAGGAAACCAGGCUCAUAUUGAUGGUCUCAAAGAGAAUGAAGAUUAUGAAUUCCGAGUGAAGCCUGUAAACGCGGCCGGUGUGGGAGCUCCAAGCGAGCCCACUCCGCUGAUCAAGAUUCGUCCAAAGAAAGAUAGGCCCGACGGCCCAGAAGAAGUCAAAGUCGAAGAUCUUUUAGCUGACAGCUGCAAGCUUGUCUGGAAAGCGCCAGAAAAUGACGGAGGAUACCCCAUAACAAGUUACAUUGUGGAGAAAUGUGACGCACUCACCGGGACCUGGGAGAAGGUACCUGCUUCGAUCACCGGGACCUCCUGUCCAGUGCGUGGACUGGUCGAAGGUAAACGCUAUCGAUUCCGUGUGACUGCGGUCAAUGCUCUGGGGAGCAGUGAACCAACGGAGGCAAUUGGUGUCUACACAGCCAAAAAUCCUUUCGAUAGUGAAAUACUCCUAACCUUUGGUAUCCGGCAUGCAUCGGUAACUGGUGAAACCACUGGUCUAGUUUUGUCCAAAUUCCUUUCAGAUGUACCUGAUUCACCGGAGAACUUGAACAUUGACAGCUACGAUAAACAUUCCGUCAAUCUCUCUUGGAAUCCACCCAAGCACGAUGGAGGAAAUCCCAUUAAAGGAUACCUGGUUGAGAAGCGGACUCCGAAAGGCGAAUGGAAGCCUGCCACUUCUGGUCUGGUUACCGGUCCAAGUGUUUAUUUGCCCGGCUUGGAACAAGGCCAGACUUAUGAGUUUCGUGUGAGCGCGGUAAAUGAUGCCGGACCUGGACGGCCAUCUCGAGCAACAGCACCUCAGGUUAUCAAGGACCCAAGUUAUCCAGCUGCUGCGCCAGAAAGCUUGAAUGUGGACAAGGUUAACAAAAAUGGUGUGAAGCUCUCCUGGCAGAAACCACGGAAAGAUGGUGGCAGCAAAAUCACCGGCUAUCAGGUGGAAAAGAAGGACGAUGCUGGUAAUUGGGUUCCAGUGAAACAAACCACCGAGCCAUGUGCGUUUAUUCCGAUGAAGGAAGGUGAGACGAGUCAGUUCCGCGUUCGAGCCAUUAACGAUGAAGGGCCGGGUGAACCAACAAAACCAACAGCACCAUUGACUGCGGUGAAUCAGCCAGAAGCCCCGAGGAUUGUUACUCCGGAGGACUGUGUCGGUGGACCAGGAACAGGUGUUGGUGGCCUGAAAGACGUAACACUGAAGGCUGGCCAAGAACUCAAACUCCCAGUGGCAUGGUUCGGUCAUCCUGUUCCUACAUUCAGCUGGACGUUGGAUGGAAAACCGAUUCGAAUCGAUGGUUCGCGCGUCACUUCGACGGAUGAACCACUUCCGCCUCCCGCGCACCCUGGUCCUGGUGGUCCGCUAGAGCAGUCACCAGGUGCUAUUACGGCGCUCAAAGUAGGCAAGGUAACGCGGGCCGAUCGAGGUCGAUAUCAGCUUACGAUGAGCAAUGACUUGGGACAAGCCACUACCUCCUGUCAUGUGGAAGUUCUUGUUGCCACCUUACAUCUUCACUUUUCCGGUGUCUUACAUUUGCGCCUGUUCCGAUUUGCGUCUCCAGAUGUACCAGGAUCUCCAGGUGGUCCACUGGAGGCAGUCGAAGUGAAAGCUGAUGAGAUUACACUGAAGUGGAAGGCACCAGAAGAUGAUGGUGGUCAGCCUAUCACUAAUUAUAUUUUGGAGAAACGUCCCAAAGGUUCCGACACUUGGCAGAAAGUUAGUGCAUUCCUCAAAUCACCAACAGCCACAGUCCGAAAUCUGGAAGAAGGUAAAGAAUAUGAGUUUCGUGUGAUGGCUGAAAACCCCAUGGGCGUGAGCGAACCUCUCGUGACCGAACGCGCUGUUAAAGCAAGGCAUCCAUUUGAUCCGCCUUCUGGAAUGUCCACCCCACAUGUGGAAGAAGUAACAGAUGAUUCAGUGACCUUGGCCUGGGAACCACCGCACAAAGGACCCACAACUGGAUAUAUAGUUGAAAAACGGGCCAAAGGCGACCGGAAUUGGAGCAAGGUUAAUGCACAUCCAAUUUCUGGUACCGAAUACACCGUAAAAAGCCUACCUCAGGGCAAAGAAUUUGAGUUCCGUGUGGUCCCAGUGAAUGCAGCCGGAUCAGGAGAACCGAGUGACCCAACUCCGCUAACCAAAAUCCAAAGACCCACAGAGGCUCCAAAGAUUGGCAGGGAUGCUCCACGAGAAAUAAAUGCUGCUAAUGAGGAGCCAUUCAAAAUUCGAAUCCCGUACACUGGAAGCCCACCGGAUGAUGUUGAAGUCACAAAAGAUGGCAAACCGUUUUCUGUGAACAGUGGUCGAUUCCAGCUUACAAUCACGCCCGAUGAGGUCAUUAUCACGGAUACGAAGGCUGACAAGAGCGAUGAAGGAGACUAUAAAAUCAAGCUGAAGAACUCAAAGGGUGAAGACACGCUUCCUUUGAAGAUUCGAGUACGCGGGCCGCCGUCUGCUCCACAAGGACCAUUAGAAGUGUCGAAUAUCAAGGCAGACUCUUGCACAUUGAGUUGGGGGCCACCAACUGACAAUGGAGGAAGCCCUGUCUCACACUACGUUAUUGAGCGGCAAAACCCGGCUACUGGUGAAUGGAUGUCGGUCAGUAAAUUUGUCCGGUCUCCAGAAUAUGACGUGCUUGGCCUGGAAGAGGGUCAGAAACAUAACUUCCGUGUUCGAGCUGCCAAUGAGUUUGGACUCAGUGAACCAUUGGAACUUGACCGACCAUUUAUUUCAGAGAAUCCUAAAAUUCCGCCGGAGGCUCCUGGUGUGCCAGAAGUUGCCGAUGUAGAUUCGGAUACGGUGACUCUUGAAUGGACCAAGCCUCGAAACGAUGGAGGUGGUCGAAUAAAUGGGUAUGUGGUGGAAGUUAGACCAGCCAGCGGAGGUGACUGGGAGAAAGCACAAACUGGUCCUGUCAAAGGAACAAGUGCAACCGUGAUCGGUUUGAAGAAAGGCGAGAAAUACAUGUUCCGUGUUUCAGCCAAGAAUGAUGCUGGGGUCGGUGAACCAAGCAGACCCACUAGACCAGUCGAAUGUAAACCGAAACACACACCGGCCGAUGCUCCGGGGACGGUCAACGUUGAUGGAGUGGGCAAAAAUCAUGUUGAUCUGUCCUGGACCCGCCCGAUCCGGGAUGGUGGAGCUCGAAUCCUAGGCUAUCAGGUUGAGAUGCGAAAGAAAGACUCUCCUGAUUGGGUUCCUGUCAAUCCGGAUGGUCAACCCAUCACAAGCAAUUACUGCCACGUGGACGGUUUGAACGAAGGUGAUGAUUGUCAAUUUCGGGUGCGCACACUAAACGCAGCGGGGCUGGGAGAGCCGAGUACUCCGACACCCAUGAUCCGGGUAGAGGAUCGCAAAGCCACUGAAACUCCUGACUUUGUGUACAAAAUCCGACCGACAACUGCUCCACUCGGUGGAACUGCUGUGUUCGAAGCCCAGGUGGAUGGACAACCAACGCCCGACGUUCGCUGGUACCGUGAUGGUAUUGAGCUGGUUCCUGGGCCUCGUGUUCGCAUCAGGCCGCCCGGUCCUGAUGGGAAAGCGGUUUUGGAGUUGACCGAUUUAGACGACCGUGACAAUGGCACAAUCACUUGUCAACUUUCCAAUCCAUCCGGAAAGAAUUCUUGUUCUGCUCCUCUAGAAGUGCUGGCAAUCCCGAGACCUCUUUCAAAUGUUGAUGAUAAGGUCGCAUCCGAAGGUGAUCUCAUCAAAAUCAAGGUCCCAUAUUUGGGUAGAGGGAAUAUUGAACUCAAGCUCAAACGAGACGGGCGUGAGGUGCCUGAGUCAAGUCGGGUGAAACUUGUGGACCUUGACGGAAUCGCCACUGUCCAACUGAAAGAUAUCACACGUGACAUGGGCGGAGACUACAGCUUGGAAAUCGGCAAUGAGAGUGGGUCCUGCAACGUUCCGUUCACUGUUCGGGUGUUGUCCCCUCCGAGUGAAUGUCAAGGUCCUCUGGUUGCUUCUGAUACAACACCGUUCAGCACAAGACUCAGCUGGAAGCCUCCUCGGUCGGACGGAGGUUCUAAGGUCACGCACUACGUCAUCGAGAAGAUGGAAGUCGGUCGAGACCGAUGGGUACCGGUUUCGUCUGGGACUCGUGAACCUACCUGCGAAGUCCAGGGCUUGCAAGAAAACGCUAAGUAUCUAUUCCGGGUUGCAGCGGUGAAUGACUGCGGACAAGGAGACUGGAUACAGCUGCCGGCACCUUUGGUCGCUCGAUAUCCGUUUGACAAGCCAAGCAAACCGGGAGAAGUCACCUGCACUUCAGUUGGGGCAGAUUUUGUCAAUCUGACCUGGGGAAGACCCGCCUCAGACGGUGGUGGCCGUCUCCGCGGUUACAUAGUGGAAAAACGCGAUAUUGGAUCACAAAAUUGGUCCCGUGUGACCCCGCACCCGGUGCUCACUACAAGCUACAAUGUACCCAAUCUUAUUGAAGACAUCACCUACGAGUUCCGUGUUAUUGCUGUGAAUGAUGCAGGUGAAAGUGAGCCGAGUGUAGUUAACCAGCCAGUAUUAGUAAAGGAUCCAAAAGCUGUUUCCCGUCCUAACCUGGUUGGUAGUUUACGUCCUCAAACAGUCCAUGAAGGACGGGAUGUGGAGUUUGAGAUCGAAGUCGAUUGUCCCUCUGCCUAUGAUGUGAUAUGGUCCAAAGGCCCUCGAGACCUAGUACCAUCGCAUCGCAUUGAAAUGACCAAAGAGGGUCGGAAACAUGUGCUACGGAUUUGUGAUUGCGGUCUCGAAGAUGCUGAGGAGUACAGCGUAAAGGUAAUCAAUCGGGCAGGAUCCAAAGUCAGCCGAGCUCCUCUGACCGUCAAAUCAAAGCCACGCAUCAAUCUUCCAAGCCGUUGGCAGGAGCCAACCGAAUGGGACAAAGGUGAUACUAUCCAGAUCAAAGUACCAUUCACUGGGUUUCCCAAGCCUACAGCAAAGUGGACUCUUAAUGGCAAGGAGUUAAAAGAAGGAAAGCAGGUACAAACAGUGAUGAAAGACCGAUACGCCAUUAUCGCGCUCGAAAACGUUGGUGAGGAGUUUGCUGGCAAGUUGAACGUACAGCUGGAAAAUGACAUGGGUUCGGACUCAGCAACCAUUGAACUUCGUGUCAAUGACCGUCCUCCUCCACCAAUCAACCUCAGGGUGGAAGGAGUAUCUGAUGGUUCCGCGCUCCUGUCUUGGUCAAUGCCCGCUAACACUGGAUAUAUCUCGCAGUACAUAAUUGAACGUUGUGAGCUUCCAGGUGAUAACUGGAUUAGAGCUGGAACCAAUCGGUUCUCGACGUAUAAUUGCGAAGGACUGAGAAACGGGAAGGAAUAUAAGUUCCGUGUGAUCGCUGAAAACCUACAUGGCCGCAGUGACCCUUGUCAACCAACCGAAGCCCGUCUCAUUCAGCCGGAGAAACCACAACGUGGCGACAGGAGAGAUCGCGGUGGGGGUCGUGGCGAUUACGAUGGACCACCCAUAGAUAACUAUGAUCGAUUUUAUCGUAACAUUUGGGACCGAACAGUGCCGUUGCCAACUCAAGUCCAUAAGGGAGAAAGCGUGUAUGACUACUAUGAUAUCUUGGAAGAACUGGGGAGUGGUGCUUUCGGAGUGGUUCAUCGAUGUCGUGAAAAGUCAACGGGCAACUUUUAUGCGUGCAAGUUUGUCGAGGUCAACACACCUCAAGACCGACAAGUAGUUCACAACGAGAUCGAGGUGAUGAAAGAAUUGCACCAUCCAAAGUUGAUUCGGUUACACGAAGCGUUUGAAGACAAAAAUGAAAUGGCACUUGUAAUGGAACUUUUAUCCGGUGGUGAACUGUUUGACCGAAUCGCUGAUGAUCGCAACCAAAUGAGUGAAGCCGAAGUUGCAAAUUAUAUUCGACAAGUCUGUGAAGGGAUCCAACACAUGCAUGAUAACAAUAUCAUCCAUUUGGAUGUCAAGCCGGAAGAUAUCAUUUGCGAAACGAGCAAAUCUACGAACAUCAAACUGGUUGAUUUUGGGUUAUCCAAAAAGCUCAACCCCAACGAACCGGUUCGUGUGACAACUGCAACUCCAGAGUUUGCCGCUCCGGAGAUCGCUCGUUAUGAACCAGUUGGAUUUUAUACGGACAUGUGGGCUAUCGGUGUACUGACAUACGUACUACUAAGUGGCUUGUCACCGUUUUCGGGAUCCAGUACCGAAGAGACGCUUGAACGCGUGGUACAAGGUCGGUAUACGUUUGACCAUGAGAACUUCCGUGGAAUCUCAGACGGUGCGAAAGACUUUAUUAGUAAGCUUCUGCAAAAACAACCGAGUCAACGGAUGACAGUGUACGAGGCUUUGGAACACCCAUGGUUGAACAGCGUGCUCAGUGAUGAUCAGCGCAAGCGCAUUCCUCCAUCCCGGUACAAGCAAUGUCAGCAGAGUAUGCACGACCGAAUGGGAGAAAUCUGGCAACGAAAUCCAGCGAUAGGACAUAUUGCCAAUUAUUCGUCUUUACGACAGAACAAGCGGGACAAGUACAAGAUACAUGAGACAAAUUUCGACCGAAAGGAAGCAGGACCACGUUUCGUUAAGUGGCCGCAGAACCAAUUGGUGGUUGAGGGACAAAAUGCUCAAUUUGACUGCCGUGUUUUGGCGCUUUCUGAACCUACAGUGACCUGGCACUUCAAUGAAGUACAGCUGACACAAAGUGUGAAGCACAUGCAGCGCUAUGCAGGUCACGACUAUUCGCUCAAAAUCAACCGAGUUCGCCCCGAAGAUACCGGGCACUACACGGUUCGCGCGGAGAACAGUUUUGGUCGAAGAGAAUAUCCGGUUAUGUUAACCGUACAACCAAUUCAAGAGAUCAAACGGGAGACCUCCCAACCACCAAAACGAAAGAGAAUUGAGCUGCAGCCAAUUGAAAUGUUCCAGGAAGAGUUGACCCGACCAAGGUUUGCAUUCCAUCUACGAAAUCGCUACAUUCAAGAGGGCUCGAGUGUCAAACUCACUUGCACAGCAGACGGAAAUCCAACACCGCAAAUGACCUGGUUCAAGGAUGGAUAUGAAUUACACAGAGGCGGCGGAAACUACGAAAUCGAGACCAUGUUGGGCAUCAGUUCGUUGGAGCUCUACUCCUGUACCGAAGACGACAGUGGUCGAUAUACUUGUGUUGCCAAAAACAGUCAGGGUGAAGAUGAGACGAACUGCAAACUGAUUGUUGAACAGAGCCGCGUCCGACGGUUCCUGAAUGCUAGAGCUGGUGAAAGAGGCCUCCGAUCCAGCAGCCAACAGCCAAUGGGCUCAGACUAUCGCACCAUGAAUUCUGAGGCUGGACGAUCUAGACGAAUUCAGGGUUCUUUAACCCGACUGACCGAAAGACACACGUCGGAAACACGCGAAUUGCGUGAUGGAUGGGAGGUGAGCGAGGCCCGGACGAUGAGUAGAAUCGUGGAAAGACGUGACUCCACCAUUAGCAAUGAAGUUCCUCCGUCUCCCACUAUCCCUGCUCCAAAGGUUCAGCAACCCCUUGUACCUCCUCCCCAGUUAGUCCAAGGAGAACGACUGGUAUUGAGUGUGGAAUUCAGUGAAACGAACCGGCAAACGAGUAUUCGAUGGCUGCAUAACGGAAUGGAACUACAAUCGGACACUGAAUACAACAUAGUGACCACAGGUGACAAUAAAACCAGUCGCCUAACCAUUGAGAACGUCGGGUUAAAACACGCCGGGACGUAUGAAGUGCAGGCAACUUCGAAAGGUGGAAGUUCCACUAGUCAAACGCAAGUUAGCGUUCAGGUCAAACCGGAACCUACUCAGAGCGAACUGCCAAACGGAUUCGCCGAAGAAAUUGUCGAAGGAAAGAACGAAGUACUGCUGGAUGGACCGCAGUCCCCUCCUCUCUUUACCACACAUCCUAUCGGACAGUUGCUGGAAGAGGGCGCAGAAUUAAUCCUGGAGUGCCAAUUUUCCGGAGCUCCCAUUCCCGAAGUCACUUGGUCCUGCAAUGGAAACGCCAUCCAGGCUGCACAUAGCGUGGUGCAAGAAAAUUACUCUUCGAGACUUGAACUGCCAUCUGUGAAUUUGGGAGAUGCGGGCAGUUACGAAUGCUACGCGAAGAAUGUAGCAGGCGAAGCCCGAAGUGUUGCUCACGUUCUUGUGAAAGCUCCAAAUGAAGAUCUACCUGGUCCAGAAUUCGUGUCCGUUCCACAAUCCGCUACCAUCAAAGAGGGAAGUUCAACGAUUCUCGAAUGUGCUUUCACGCCGGACACCGUCACCAGUGUGGAAUGGCGUCGGAAUGACAAACUGAUUGAUCCAAGCCGAAUCGAAUUCGAUGACUCGGCAUCCUCAAGUAUAUGCAGAUUACUAGACGUGAGACAUCGCAAGGACAAUGGUGUCUAUAAAAUCAACGCAACUGGUCCAAACGGAAUCAUUUCCACGUGGACGUUUGCUCUGCAGGUUGUCGCUGCCGAUGUGGAUGACCACGAAGAAGAGUUCAGUUAACAACCAAUUGUUUGUUGGCCAAUUUGUAUACUUUUCCAUCCAAAAGGCAGUUAUGCUGUUUUACCCAAAUGCUUUCAGACUAAUGUUUCGAACCCUUUAACUGAGCAAAUUCCGGUUCGUCCUGCCUACCCUGAUGACAAUAAUUACCCGAAAUAUUCGGAUAUGGACCUACCAUAUCAGCAGGAUAUCGCGCAUUCUAAGCACAUAUCCACAAUUAACCGUUUCGCCCAAGUACGUGAUGAUUGCACUGGUGCACUAUCCAAGACUAAUUCAUCUGAAUAUCGGAAUACGUCCAAGCCCUACGAAUUGAGUCCAUACCAUACGCAUCAAUCAAACCCUCUGGGCACUAUUCGGUGCCUCCGAUUCUCUAGUCGUUUCGCAGUGAAAGGCGCCCUCAAGAACAUCACAUCACAGCGGCUCCGUAAUUUGUUACUUUGGAUUGGCCUAUUUUUCCUAAUCCUUUUCAGUGGAAUUUGUUUUAAAGUAUGUGCUGUUUGGCAUCUUUCAAAUCUCCCCUAACUCACAAACAAGCACCUUGGUGUACCCAGUGUGACGCGGUGAUUGCCGGUUACACACACAUAUUUCCCCAAUGCUGUUUCUCCCUCUCCCUCUCUUGCGCUCAACCAUGCUACAACACCAAACGCACAUAUGCUAGAUAUUUGUGGUAUUCUAUAUUUAUCCACGCCCCUACGAGUGCUGCUGUGUCCCAGCAACCCUAGGCACUCAAAUAUUAGGAAGUGAUCCAGUUAGCCAGUGAGCUAGAGCUAACUUGUUAUCUCCUUACUUCUAUCGCAUCUUCCGCUGUUUCCAAAUUUCCUCAAGUCGGCUGUUUCCCCCAGACUUGCACAGCUAAUAAACAGGGAUCCAGUGCAUGAUCCUAUCCUUACUGAUGCUCCUCUGGAUUCAAACUGUUAUCUUCUCCCGAAGUGAACUGUGCACGCAGGCCGACCUACUCAAGCGACCUCUUUAUAAUAUACUUAUUCCUGAAGCUUGCCAAUGUACCGUUCACCGCUUUUAACCCAUGUUUCGAGUCAGACAAAUUGUACGCCCAUCGCGAUUAUGCAACUGGCGCCAGAUUCUUUUGAGUACAACUUUUCAAAGACAUUCAGUGACUCACGUACCAAUGUCCAGCCCUCUCCACUAAAUAAAAUAACAUAACCAUUACUUAUUUUCAAUCCAUUGCUUUGAUCGACCCUCAAGUAUGAUUUGGAUCUAUUUCGGACAGAGGAAAAAUUUGCUUGUAUCGGUUCCCUCUUAUUUACAUUACUUUUCUUCACAUUGGCAUUACUAAAAAUAUGCUCCGCCCACUUUUCCUCCCUUCUCCUCAGUUCCUCAAAGAAACAAACACAUCAAUACGCUAUCAGACACAAAGAAAUCAACCAGAAUUUACCAUAUAUACUUGGCUCUUAUUGUUCUAUGACCCUUACAAUGUACCUUAUUCAAUCGCCUGAUCCCAGCCAGUUGUUUACUUUCCGCCAGACGUUUGUCUCUCGCACCAAGCGAACAAAUUAUCAAACAUGAUAAAAUAAAUCUUUUUCCUUGGGU